GAAAUUAGAAGCGUCAUUUGACAUUGCUUGUGGUUGCGUGGCCAGCUGGCUGAGGCUUUGUUAUAGCCAGCGGUAUCUUUUAGUUGUUUUCAAAGUUUCUUUCGUAUUGGUAAGAGGGUAGGGCGGUGCGUUGUCCUAGGUUUCGGCCGGACUAGCGUAUCGUCCGGUCUUCCGUAGUGUUAUUAUAACUAUCAAUUAGAUAAUUGCGACAUUCGACAAGUCCAACCUUGCUGGCGUUAAGUAAUUAAUUAUACAAGAUGACCCGUGGAAACCAGAGAGAUUUGGCUCGCGCCAAGAACCAAAAGAAACAACAAGAAAUGCAAAAGAAAAAGAAUGCUAGUGAAAAGACAGGCAUGUCUUUACAAGAAAGGAAACAUAGGGAUGCUGAAUUAAUGAGAGAAAAGCAACGAAAAAAAGAAGAACAGUUAGCAGCAAGUAUGCAUAACCAAAAACAAACUGCAAAUUAAAUAUUCAGGCAAAAACAUGAAGGUUUUUUGACUGCUCCUCAUUAUGUUUAAUCACAUAAAAUUUUGAGCUUGUCAGCGGUGAGCCGAACUUGGAUAUGUGAUUGAAGCACUCCAUAAAAUUAGAAAAACAUUAAAAUCUUGUGUUUAACAGAGCCUAAUUUAAUUAUAAUCCCAAAUAAUGAAGAUUUUAUUAUGUUAAAUGUUAUAAUAGUUGGGAGCCUAGGAUUUGAAUAUGUAUGAUCUGAAGAAGAAAAGUCGUUACUGUGCCUGAUCUGGCACAGUUGGCAUGACAAAUUGGUUAACAGAUUUGUCACAAGAAGUCUUAGCAUUUAUGCAAAUCUUAAUGUUAAUUUUGACUGAAUAGGUUUGUAUGUAUACUCAACUACCCAUUUUUGUACAAUAAAAUCUUAAAAGUACAACUGUGUUCUGUUUUGUCAUUGGCACAUAUUUCCUCUCAAUAAAUGUGAAACUGAAUGGCUCUGGCGUGCCACGACACUCGGGUAGCACUUGUAGUGUUGUGUAAUUAUUGCACAGUAUGGUUUUGUGGCAGUCAAGUCAAAAAACACUUGACCACUAAUGUAAUAAGUUAACAAGUGUUCAAAUAAAUGGUUCUCGUAAAAUGAUUGCAUCACUUAUAAUAAUUGGGAAAGAUGUGAAGUUUUAUUUGCAAGUCCAUAGUAUUUGUGUUGGUAAAAUAAACAUUAGAUUACAUUUGUAGUGUACAUUACGUUUCAAUAGGUACUUUAGCCAACAGUACCUGCUCUUGAUUGAUUUGGUAUGUGAUUGUUUCAUAGUUAUUGUAAUGUAAUGGGUAAUGUAUUAACAUUCAUAAGAAAUAAAAAAAACUGGAAAUGAUAAAAAAUGUGUAAUUUAAUAAUAUGUAUGCAGAA